AUGGAAAAUAAUCAACUUCUUGAUGACAGAUUCCAAGUCAGCCAUGUCAUCGGUUCUGGCUCCUUUGGAGAAGUUCGUUUAGGCACUGAUACAAUAACUAAUAAACAAGUUGCUAUAAAAAUUUCUAAAACAGAGACUCACAGUUCUCAAAUUUUAUCUGAGGCCAAAACUCUCUCCAUUCUAAAAAACGGAAAAGGAAUUCCUAACUCCCCCUCUUGUGAGCGAACAAAAUAAUUUGCUCUCUCACGGAGAGUGCUAAUUUUUUUUAAUUUAUAUAUAAUUUUUAUAAUAAAAUAUUUUUCCAAGAUUGGAAAGCAAAUAAUAUAAAAUUUAUUUUUAAAAUUAAAGCAGAAUUAGCUAGAGUUUUCAUUAUACUAAUUAUCACUUAUAUAUCAAAGUAUUUUUCAUAAAAAAUUUUUUGUUCUCUCACACAGCGUGUUUUAACUCAAAAAUAGGGAUUUUUCUUAUGGUUUUGUUCGCUCGCCGAAGGGGAGAGUAAGCUUUUUUCUCAGGGCUCUGAUGAGAAAUCAAAUUACAUCGUGAUUGAGCUUCUUGGCCCAUCUCUUUAUAAUCAUUUUUCUUCUUGCAGGAGACGAUUUUCGUUGAAAACCAUUUUAAUCCUUGCAUAUCAGAUGAUACAAAGGAUAGAGUUUGUCCAUAAUAAAAGUAUUAUCCAUCGAGACAUAAAGCCUGCAAAUUUUCUUAUGGGCCUAGGAGAAAACAUAAAUACGCUGUAUUUGAUUGAUUAUGGGCUAUCAAAAAAGUAUAGGGACCCAAAGUCAAAAAAGCAUAUCCCAUAUAAAGAAGGUAGAAGCUUAACAGGAACUGCACGUUUUGCUUCUAUAAAUACGCAUAUGGGAAUCGAAAUAAGUAGGCGGGACGAUUUAGAGAGCAUCGGGUAUUUAUUGAGCUAUUUUAUGAUAGGAAAACUGCCUUGGCAAGAACUUGACGGGAAAUCGAAAAAAGAAAAAUAUUUAAAAAUCAUGGAAAGGAAAUUAACAACUUCUGUUGGAAAUCUCUUUGCUGGAUAUCCUGAAGAAUUUAUAAGAUUUAUGAUUUACUGCAAAUCCCUGAACUUUGAAGAAGACCCUGACUAUACUUAUAUAAAAGGACUGAUUCUGACUGUUGCAUCAAGAGAAAGGAUUAGUUUAAAUGGAAAUAUCGAAUGGAUUGAUCAUCAUGAACUUUCAGUUUCGGAAAGCGAAGGCAAACGUAAACGUAAAAAAACUAAAAAAUUAGAAGAAAGCCCAAUAACGCCUGACGUCUCUUAUACCGAAAAAAUUUUGUGCGAUAGCACAAAUGAUGCAAAAUCUGAACAAUUAACCGAAAUCUUAGAAAUUUAUCCGACAUUUAAGAAUCCUCAAAUGGUGCUUCAACAGUUACUUAGGCUGAGAAAGUUGAGCUUGUAA